AUGACCAAGAUUCGGCGCCGCCUAAACAAGAUUGAGUGUUUGAAAAAUGAAAAUGGAGAGUGGAUUCAGGACAAGCAGGAACUUGCUAAGCUUGUGUUUGAUUUUUUCGCUAACCUUUACCUACAUGAGGCGUCCCAGUACAUUGAUCUAAUGCCUAAAGAAGCUUUCCCUCGGCUUGGGCAGGAAUAUUGGCUUUGCUUACUUCGCCCUUUUUCGAUAAUGGACAUUCACCAGGCUAUUUUUGAUAUGAAACCUAUGCAGGCUCCGAGACCUGACGGCUUUCAAGCAAUUUUCUAUCAACAGGCUUGGCGGCUUGUUGGGAAAGCCCUUACCAAAAUGGUCCUCUCUUUCUACGAGAAUGGGAGCUUGCCAGCAGCCAUUUCGGAGUCGACGGUUCUUCUCAUUCCUAAAGUUGAAAAGUCGGAAUACGUGACUCAGCUCCGCCCCAUCUCUCUGGAUAAUGUGAGCUUGAAGGCCAUUACUAAGGCCAUGACGAGUAGGUUUAAAGCGAUCAUGAUGAAGCUUGUCUCCCCUCGCCAAAGUAGUUUUAUUCUGGGCCGGCAAACUGCAUAUAAUAUUUUUGUAGUUCAAGAGGUCAUGCACUCUCUGAGGAAGAAACGAGGGAAGAGGGGUGGCAUGGUGAUCAAGAUUGACUUGGAGAAGGCCUAUGAUAGGCUCCGAUGGGAUUUCUUGAGAGAUACGGUGGUUGAAGUUGGGUUGCCGAGUUCUUGGAUCCAAUCCAUUAUGUUUUGUGUGGAGUAG